CCGGAAUCGAACCCUAAUUCAAAAAAAUUUAUUAGAAGCAACUUAUUCUAGAAAAUUCGAAGAGAUACUGGACAAGCUUUUGCUAUCAUGCACAACCUUAACUUAUACUGACGUUGAAGGGGUUUUGCCAAUCGACAAGACGGAUGCAGACCAUGACGGAAAGUAAUUCCGAAUACGGGAGGAGAAUCGAUCUGUUGAUUAAGAGUAUCAUUUCAAAGGAAUGCUAUGAUAUAUCUUCCAAACGAAUUCAAGAGGCGUGAUGUAUUAACAGAUGUCAAACUCCAUCAACAAAAUAAAAAUAUUCGUAUCAAUGCCUGUAUAAUUAACGACAUCAAUAUUUUGCUUUGUAACAACGACGCACAAACCGUAUACUUUGAUUUCGAGGGAAAUAUAGUUAUUUAGUCAUCCUGUUCACCUACAAAAAUUGUUUCAUAACAUACAAAGUCGGCUCAUUCAAUAUUCCGAAACGACUAGUAGAUUUGAAUUUACCAUCAACGUCAGUAACCAAUCACUGCAAAAUUAUGGUGAAGGUUAACAACGAUUUUGACCAUACCCGUGACGGGUAACUAUUUGCCAAAAAUUGACCGUCUCUGGGAUUUUGCGGUGAAAAGAAAACGAAUACGCUCUUGCAGAUGUUGCAUAUAAAUUGAAAAAAGUCUUGACUCCUGAUUGGUUUUCAUUUAUUUUUCAAGAAGAAGAAAAUAGAAUGGUGCUGUCGAUGUAUUUGGGGAAAAGUCUUCAGCACCACCAAUAUCCGAUGUAGAAUUCAUCUCAGUUCUCAUGUCUCCCCCACGUUCCUCCAAAAGAACCAGAGCAUAAUCUUGUCACAUAAUCCAGUUCACAUUAUACACAUAUCAAGGUCAAUAUAAAUAAAAGACUAUUUAUAUUUUUUCUGCCUAA